AUGGACAGCAGAUCGCCAGGUACUUCAAGAUUAAAAUGGACCGAAUCCAAGACUGGAAACAAAAUGGUAACAUGUAGUUUACAAUUUGAUGAAUCUAGUGAUGAUGACAUAGAGAAACUGAUGACCCCCAGCUCCAAGAGAAAAUUAGAAACCACCCUCCCUCUCAAUUCUCCAAUGGAACAAUAUGUAUCCCCUUGUUUUCAGGAACUAUUUCAGAGCAAUGGACCCCGACCAAAACGUUUCCGUUCAUUUGAAGGUCGUAAAAAUCUGUUUCAAUCCACCAUUCAGAACCAGGUCUGCGCAUCGCCGUUUACAAAUGAAGACGAACAAAUGGAUUACAAGGAGAACACUCCUCAUGAGCAAACUAACAAAACUGGAGACGGACACUAUUUUCUGAGUCUUCCCACCAUUUCAGGAAAUGUUCAUGAUCUUCACAACAUAACAUCACAAACUCUGGUCGCUCUUAUGCAGGACACGUUCAAAGACAUCAUCAAAACGUUCCGCAUCAUCGACUGCAGGUACCCUUACGAAUAUGCUGGUGGUCACAUUAAGGGCGCUGAGAAUAUUUUUACAGAAGAAGGCAUACUCCAACUGCUUCAUCAAAAGAGAAAAAACUGCGAGAACGAGCGACAUAUUCUCGUUUUUCACUGUGAAUUUUCCUCUGAGAGGGGUCCCAAAAAAUGUCGCUUUUUACGGAACAAAGAUCGUCAAUUAAACAAAGAUAAAUAUCCUAAUCUAAACCAUCCCGAAGUCUACCUGUUACAGGGCGGAUAUAAAGCCUUCUGGCAACGUUAUAAGGAGCUUUGUGAACCCCCUUCCUAUGUACCCAUGUUACACGAGGACCACGCUAAUGAUAUGAGGGUCUUCCGAAGGAAGUCAAAAUCUUGGACGGCAGGAGAAAAGAAACAAUAUGCUCUCAUGAAUAUUCAAAUUUAGAGAGAUAAUAUUAUUGCUCAUGGUUUGUAAAUAGUGCUAAUGAAUUUACACCUGGGUUUUAUCAGUAAUAUUCUGUCGGUAGGAAUUUCUGUUUCUUCUGGACAUCACCGAAGAGUUUAUUUUUCAGUCACAUCAGUUUUAUAAUUUUUAAUUUUUUAAUGAAGAAAGACUUGCUUUUGCAUGUAGUGAUUUGAUGAAUAAGUAGACAUUGAAAAUCAAUGUCCUACUGCUCUACAAAUUCGUUGUAUUGAUGAUAUCCGCUGGAAGGGAUAAAUCCUUUUACCAGUACAUGUACCCAGCAAAAUGUUCAUCAUAAUUUUAUUAAAAAUAUAAAGAAAGCAUCAUUUUUGUACAAAUU